AUGGAUUAUGGAAACCAAACUUUGGUGAUUGAAUUUUUGUUCAUGGGCUUAACAAAUAAUUUCUGGCAACAGUUUGUUCUCUUCCUGAUUUUUCUUCUUGUUUAUCUUGUCACUCUUCUGGGAAACUUGGGGAUGAUUGUUCUUAUUUUGAUGGAUUCCCAACUAUACACCCCCAUGUACUUUUUUCUCAGCCACUUGUCCUUUGUGGAUGUAUGCUCCUCCUCUCUCAUUGGUCCUAAAAUGUUGACUGACAUCUUUGUGGAGGAAAAAGUAAUCUCUUUCUUUGGUUGUGUUGCCCAGAUAUGGUUUUUUGGUCAGUUUGUAGUGACUGAGUGUUUCCUCCUGGCUGCCAUGGUGUACGAUCAAUAUAUGGCCAUCUGUAAGCCCCUGCUGUACACACUCAUUAUGUCCCAGGGAGUCUGCAUGCAGCUGGUGGUGGGACCACACACCAUGGGUCUUAUAAGCACCAUGACCCAUACGACUUUCACCUUCCGCCUACCUUACUGUGGCUCAAAUAUCAUCAAUCACUUCUUCUGCGACCUCCUUCCUGUUCUCUCCCUGGCAUGCGCAGCUACCUGGGUCAAUAAAUUUUUACUUUUCAUCUUGGCUGGAGUCCUAGGAGUGCUCAGUGGUAUGAUCAUCUUGGUCUCCUACAUUUAUUUCAUCAUAGCCAUCCUGAGGAUCCACUCUGCUGUUGGGAGAUGCAAAGCCUUCUCUAUGUGCUCUUCAUAUCUGGCAGCUGUCUCCAUCCAUUAUGGGACUCUCUUCUUUAUCUAUGUAUGUCCAAGCUCUAGUUUAUCUCUGGACAUCAAUAUAGUGGUGUCCAUGUUCUAUACAGCAGUGAUCCCCAUGUUGAAUCCACUUAUCUACAGCCUGAGGAACAAGGAGGUAAAAGAUGCAUUCAGAAGGGCAUUUAAAGGAAGAAGCUUCUUAUAG